AUGCGGAGGACGGCAUGGCUUGCCGGGCUCAUGUUCGCCAUGGCGGCGAUGAUAUCGCCGGUCAGCGCACAGAACGCAUCCAGUAAUGGGCAAAGCGGCGAGAUGGACUUCUUGGUGCGGAUGCCCAACUGCGCGUUGCAAUGCUUCCUGGAGAUGCGCGCGGCGCAGGAAGCCCCAUGCGACCCCGAAGACCUCGACUGCCUGUGCCAGUCGGCCGCGUUCGGCAACAAUGCGGUCACGAGCUGCGUCGUCAGGACCUGCUCGACCAAGGAGUCCCUGCUGGCCCGCAACCUCAUCUCAACAGCCUGCAAGCUGCCCGUGCGGGACCAUUCGCAGACGUACACCAUCGUCGCCAUCGUCUUCUGCGUCUUCUCCGGCCUGGCCGUGCUGCAGCGCUUCAUGGCCAAGCUGCUCGUCGUCGACGCCACCAUUGGCAUGGACGACUACAUGGUCCUCCUGGCCGCGGCCAUCCAGGCGCCCAUGGCCGCCAUUGGCGUCGAGAUGGGCGUCGCCAACGGCCUGGGCCGCGACAUCUGGACCCUCGAGUUCCACCAGAUCACCAGAUUCGGCUACGCCCUCUACAUCUUCACCAACCUCUACUUUGCCAACAUUGCCGUCAUCAAGCUGGCCUUUGUCUUCUUCUACCUCCGCGUCUUCCCCAAGCGCAACGUGCGCCGCUACCUGUGGGCGACCGUCGCCCUCGUUGUCUGCUUCGGCACCGCCUUUGUCGUCGCCGGCAUCUUCCAGUGCACGCCCAUCAGCUACUACUGGACCCGAUGGAAGGAGGAGGCCACCGACCACGGCCACUGCGUCGACGUCAGCGCCCUCGCCUGGGCCAACGGCGCCAUCAGCAUCGGCAUCGACCUCUGGAUGAUCGCCAUCCCCCUCUCGCAGGUGCACAACCUCAACCUCGACUGGAAGAAGAAGGCCGAGGUCGCCUUCAUGUUCUGCGUCGGCCUCUUUGUCACCGUCAUGGCCUGCAUCCGCCUCGAGUCGCUCAUCUCCAACGACGUCCACUCCCCCAACGCCACCUGGGUCAAGCAGGAGGUUGCCAUCUGGUCCACCAUUGAGGUCAAUGUCGGCAUCAUCUGCGCCUGCCUGCCCUCCCUGCGCACCCUCGUCGUCCUGCUCUUUGGCCGCAUCCCUCUCCUCAGCAGCUCCUUUCAGCGCGCCCAGCGCCCGCGCCCCGUGCAAGACGGCGACGACGAGAAAAGGAUAAAGGGCGGCUUCCGCAAGAGCAAAGCCUUUGGCACCAUCAGCAGAUCCAUCGCGGAGCCCGUCGAGGGCGGGCGCUCGAGGUCCCGCGCGGCCAACGAGAGGGGCAUCCGUAUGGAGACCGAAGUUGCCGUCGAGUUUGAGACCAUGAGCGCCGAGGACGACGAGGCGAGGCUGAUGAAGCGCGAUGCCGAGCUAGGAUUGGCCCUGUCGCAUUCGGCUUUGUCGCACGACUCGUCGAGCUCCAACUCCCUGGACAAGCACAAGGAGAUACGGCCCUAG